AUGUCUGUUCGUUACAGCUCCAGCAAGCAGUACUCUUCCUCCCGCAGUGGAGGAGGAGGAGGUGGUGGAGGAUCAUCCCUCAGAAUUUCCAGCAGCAAAAGCUCCCAUGGUGGAGGGUUUAGCUCAGGGGGGUUCAGCGGUGGCUCCUUUAGCCGUGGGAGCUCUGGGGGAGGUUGCUUUGGGGGCUCAUCAGGUGGCUAUGGAGGUCUGGGAGGAGGCAGCUUUGGUGGGGGCUAUGGAGGAGGCAGCUUUGGUGGGGGCUAUGGAGGUGGCAGCUUCGGGGGUGGCAGCUUUGGUGGAGGCAGCUAUGGUGGAGGCAGCUUCGGUGGCGGCAACUUCGGCGGAGGCGGCUACGGAGGAGGCUUUGGUGGUGGAUACGGAGGAGAUGGUGGCGGCCUUCUCUCCGGAAAUGAAAAAGUGACCAUGCAGAACCUGAAUGACCGUCUGGCUUCCUACAUGGACAAGGUCCGGGCUCUGGAAGAGUCAAACUAUGAGCUGGAAGGUAAAAUCAAAGAAUGGUAUGAAAAACACGGCAACUCAAGCCAGCGUGAGCCCCGGGACUACAGCAAAUACUACCAAACCAUUGAAGACCUUAAGAACCAGAUCCUCACCCUGACUACUGAAAAUGCCAAUGUCCUGCUGCAGAUCGACAAUGCCAGGCUGGCAGCUGACGACUUCAGGCUGAAAUAUGAGAAUGAAGUAGCCCUGCGCCAGAGCGUGGAAGCCGACAUCAACGGCCUCCGCAGGGUGCUGGAUGAGCUGACCCUCAGCAAGGCCGACCUGGAGAUGCAGAUUGAGAGUGUGACUGAAGAGCUGGCCUACCUGAAGAAGAACCACGAAGAGGAAAUGAGAGACCUUCAAAACGUGACCACUGGUGACGUGAACGUGGAAAUGAAUGCGGCCCCAGGAGUUGACCUGACUCAAAUGCUGGACAACAUGAGAAGCCAAUACGAACAGCUUGCAGAAAAGAAUCGCAAGGAUGUAGAAGCCUGGUUCAAUGAGAAGAGCAAGGAACUCACCACAGAAAUUGACAGCAACAUUGAACAAAUGUCCAGCCAUAAGAGUGAAAUUACUGAAUUGAGGCGCACUGUGCAGGGUCUCGAGAUCGAGCUGCAGUCCCAACUGGCCCUGAAACAAUCGCUGGAAGCCUCCCUGGCAGAAACAGAAGGUCGCUACUGCGUGCAGCUCUCCCAGAUCCAAGGCCAGAUCUCCGCCCUGGAGGAACAGCUGCAGCAGAUUCGGGCUGAGACUGAGUGCCAGAACUCCGAGUACCAACAACUCCUGGACAUUAAGACCAGACUGGAGAACGAGAUCCAAACCUACCGCAGCCUGCUCGAAGGAGAGGGAAGCGGGCGGGGCAAAGGAGGCGGGAAGGGGACAGGUUCCGGAGGCGGAUCCUACGGCGGCGGGCGCGGCGGCGGCAGCCACGGCGGAAGUUACGGCGGCGGAAGUUCCAGCGGCGGCGGCAGCCACGGCGGAAGUUACGGCGGCGGCAGCUCCGGUGGCGGCGGCAGCCACGGCGGAAGUUACGGCGGCGGAAGUUCCAGCGGCGGCGGCAGCCACGGAGGCAGUUCCGGUGGUAGCUACGGCGGCGGAAGUUCCAGCGGCGGCCAGAGCGGAAGCGGAGGAUUCAAGUCUUCUUCUUCCGGGUCCGGUGGCGACCAAUCAUCUAAAGGACCAAGGUCAGCAGAAACUAGCUGGGAUACUAACAAAACCAGAGUGAUCAAGACGAUUAUUGAGGAGGUGACACCUGAUGGUAGAGUCCUUUCGUCUAUGAUUGAAUCAGAAACCAAGAAACACUUCUAUUAAGCUGCAUAAAGAAGAGUCUCUUUGCACAGGCCACUGCACAGAUGUGUGGGAAAAUGUCCAAGAAAACACUUCUGUCUUAAUGGUCUAUGGAAAUAGGUUUGCUCCUUGAAAGGGUUUAAAAGGUGUUUUGUGGUUUCUGUGUUUCUUCUUUUCAUUUAUCAGAAAGUGUCCUUUUAUGGAGGAAAAAAAAAAGACAACUUUCUCAUUUACUAAUGAAUUUCUCAUAUACUAAUGAAUUUCAAUAAACUUUCUUACUGAU